AUGCCGGACGAUAACGGGAGCAACGCAGCAGCAUCUGUCGCGGUAAAACUACCGGAUUUUUGGAAAACUGAUCCGGCUAUGUGGUUUGCGCAAUCGGAAGCGCAAUUCCACCUUGCGAAAAUCGUCAAUGAUGAAACCAAGUUUUACCACAUCGUGGCCAAAGUGGAUCAAUCGGUUAUAUGUCACAUAGCCGAUUUGGUAGCUGCUCCUCCAGCGGAAAAUAAAUACAAAACAGUGAAAGAUCGCCUAAUUGCUCGCUUCGCCCUGUCUGCUGAAAGCCGCUUCGAACAGCUGCUGGGGGCCCACGAUCUUGGCGAUAUGCGCCCAACGCAUCUGUUAGCAAAGAUGAGAGAGUUGUCGACGGGUUUGGGCGUGGAUAACAAUCUGCUCAAAAUGAUUUUCAUUCAACGCCUCCCGGCAAACAUUCGACCAAUUCUCACAUGCCACGAUGGUACCAUCGAGAAGUUGGCUGAAAUGGCAGACAAGAUCACCGACGCCUCCAACGGUCAGUCCUCCGCAGUUGCCAUGGUGCACAACGAACCAACGUACAGCAACAGUGGUGAAAGGAAGCUAGCAGAGCAGAUCGAACUUCUCACAGCGGAAAUCCGACGCCUGAAGGCUCCCAACCCUGAGCGAGGCCGUUCGUUUUCGCGAAACCGAAGUGGUUCUCGUUCGUCAUCACGAUCCGGACUGUGCUGGUACCAUAGGAAAUAUGGAAACGAUGCUCAGCGGUGCCGAGAACCGUGUUCAUGGAGCUAA